AGUGGCGGCCGAGGAAGGUGCCUAAGUCGGGAGUCAGAUAGUCAUCCCUCUGGGACGCCGCCGCCGCCGUCUAGCCGCGGCUCCCUCACACCUUUUUUAAAAUGAAGAAGUUUAAUUUCCGAAAAGUUUUGGAUGGCUUAACUGCCUCCUCCCCUGGCAGUGGUAGCAGCAGUGGCAGUAACAGUGGUGGUGGGGCUGGAAGUGGUUCCAUACAUCCAGGAGGGACUGCAGGGGUUCUCAAAGAGGAGAUUCAGGAAACCCUGACUUCAGAGUAUUUCCAGAUUUGCAAGACAGUUCGGCAUGGUUUUCCUUAUCAGCCCACAGCAUUAGCCUUUGAUCCAGUUCAGAAAAUCUUGGCUAUUGGGACAAGAACAGGUGCUAUACGAAUACUUGGGAGACCUGGCGUUGAUUGUUAUUGCCAACAUGAAAGUGGUGCAGCUGUCCUGCAGCUCCAAUUCUUGAUCAAUGAGGGUGCUUUGGUUAGUGCAAGUUCAGAUGAUACCCUUCAUUUGUGGAAUCUUAGACAAAAAAGGCCAGCUAUUCUUCAUUCUCUUAAAUUUAACCGAGAACGAAUUACUUACUGUCAUCUACCUUUCCAGAGUAAAUGGCUCUAUGUUGGAACAGAAAGAGGAAAUACACAUAUUGUAAAUAUUGAAUCUUUCAUUCUUUCUGGAUAUGUUAUCAUGUGGAACAAGGCAAUUGAGCUAUCCACAAAGACUCAUCCAGGUCCAGUUGUACAUUUAAGUGAUAGCCCAAGAGACGAAGGGAAACUGCUGAUAGGUUAUGAAAAUGGUACUGUAGUAUUCUGGGACUUGAAAUCUAAAAGAGCAGAACUAAGAGUUUAUUAUGAUGAGGCUAUCCAUUCAAUUGACUGGCAUCAUGAGGGCAAACAAUUCAUGUGCAGCCAUUCAGAUGGUAGCUUGACCUUAUGGAACCUGAAAAGCCCAAGUCGUCCCUUCCAGACCACAAUUCCACAUGGAAAAAGUCAAAGAGAAGGAAGAAAAUCUGAAUCUUGUAAACCAAUUCUUAAAGUAGAAUACAAGACCUGUAGAAACAGUGAACCAUUCAUAAUAUUUUCUGGUGGAUUGUCCUAUGACAAAGCUUGCAGAAGACCAAGUUUAACCAUCAUGCAUGGAAAAGCAAUUACAGUGCUUGAAAUGGAUCAUCCUAUUGUUGAAUUUCUUACUUUAUGUGAAACACCCUAUCCAAAUGAAUUUCAAGAACCUUAUGCUGUUGUAGUACUUCUGGAAAAAGAUCUCAUUGUAGUUGAUCUGACACAAAGCAAUUUUCCAAUCUUUGAAAAUCCAUAUCCCAUGGACAUUCAUGAGUCACCAGUUACAUGCACAGCAUACUUUGCUGAUUGCCCACCAGACCUGAUUCUAGUACUCUACUCUGUAGGAGUCAAGCAUAAAAAACAAGGAUACAGUAAUAAGGAGUGGCCAAUCAGUGGAGGAGCUUGGAACCUUGGGACACAAACAUAUCCAGAAAUUAUUAUUACUGGUCAUGCAGACGGAUCAAUAAAAUUUUGGGAUGCUUCUGCAAUAACUCUGCAGAUGCUGUACAAGCUAAAAACUUCAAAAGUGUUUGAAAAACAGAAGGUAGGAGAAGGAAAACCAACAUGUGAAAUUAUAGAGGAAGAUCCAUAUGCCAUUCAGAUGAUUUACUGGUGUCCAGAGAGCAGAAUAUUCUGUGUAUCAGGAGUUUCUGCAUAUGUCAUAAUUUAUAAAUUCAGCAGACAUGAAAUAACAACAGAAAUAGUGUCAUUAGAGGUACGACUUCAGUAUGAUAUUGAAGAUAUUAUUACCCCAGAACCAGAAACAAGUCCUCCAUUUCCAGAUCUCUCAUCCCAGCUUCCUUCUUCAAGGAGUCUUUCCGGAAGCACUAACACUGUGGCUAGUGAAGGAGGCACAAAGGACAGUAUCCCAUGCCUCAAUGUUAAGACACGACCAGUGCGGAUGCCUCCAGGGUAUCAAGCAGAGCUUGUUAUUCAGUUGGUGUGGGUGGAUGGUGAGCCUCCCCAACAGAUUACUAGUCUUGCUGUAAACUCAGCAUAUGGAAUAGUUGCAUUUGGGAACUGCAAUGGGUUGGCUGUGGUGGAUUUUAUACAGAAGACAGUACUGUUAAGCAUGGGGACCAUUGACCUAUAUAGAUCAAGUGACCUAUACCAACGUCAACCACGGUCACCUCGAAAAAACAAGCAGUUCAUUGCAGACAACUUUUGCAUGCGUGGCCUGUCUAACCUUUAUCCUGAUUUAACGAAACGGAUCCGUACUUCCUAUCAGAGUUUAACUGAGCUAAAUGACAGUCCAGUUCCCCUGGAACUCGAGCGCUGCAAGUCUCCCACUUCAGAUCAUGUAAAUGGACACUGCACAAGUCCAACCUCUCAGAGUUGCAGUUCUGGAAAACGUCUGUCAAGUGCUGAUGUUUCAAAAGUAAAUCGCUGGGGUCCUGGAAGACCACCAUUUCGGAAAGCACAAUCAGCUGCUUGCAUGGAAAUUUCUUUACCAGUCACAACAGAAGAAAGCCGAGAAAAUUCCUAUAAUCGUUCUAGAAGCUCUAGCAUCUCCAGUAUUGACAAAGAUUCGAAAGAAGCAAUUACAGCACUAUACUUCAUGGAAUCCUUUGCUCGGAAAAAUGACCCUACGGUCUCCCCUUGUUUGUUUGUUGGAACUAGUCUGGGAAUGGUUUUAAUCAUCUCCCUGAACCUACCUUCAGCAGAUGAACAAAGAUUUACAGAGCCAGUCAUGGUAUUGCCAAGUGGUACAUUCCUCUCACUGAAAGGAGCUGUGCUAACAUUCUCCUGUAUGGACCGAAAUGGCGGAUUAAUGCAACCGCCAUAUGAAGUUUGGAGGGAUCCAAACAACGUAGAUGAAAAUGAAAAAUCUUGGAGAAGGAAACUGGUCAUGAACUGCCCUUCUCCAUCCCAAGAAAUAGGAGAUCAUCAGUAUACAAUAAUCUGCUCAGAAAAACAAGCCAAAGUCUUCUCACUGCCUUCUCAGACUUGUCUUUAUGUUCAUAACAUCACCGAGACAUCUUUUAUACUCCAAGCAGAUGUGGUGGUCAUGUGUAACAGUGCCUGCUUGGCAUGCUUUUGUGCCAAUGGGCAUAUCAUGAUAAUGAGCCUACCUAGUCUUCGCCCAGUGUUGGAUGUUAAUUAUUUGCCACUGACAGACAUGAGGAUAGCACGGACAUUUUGUUUUACCAAUGAAGGCCAGGCAUUAUACCUCGUCUCUCCUACUGAAAUUCAGCGGUUAACAUACAGCCAAGAGAUGUGUGAUAAUCUUCAGGACAUGCUAGGAGAUUUGUUUAUUCCCAUUGAGACACCAGAAGCUCAAAACAGAGGCUUUCUCAAGGGACUCUUUGGUGGAAGUGGACAAACAUUUGACAGAGAAGAGCUCUUUGGGGAAGCUUCAGCGGGAAGAGCAUCUCGCAGCUUGGCCCAGCACAUUCCCGGACCAGGUGGUAUAGAAGGGAUGAAAGGUGCUGCCGGAGGGGUGAUGGGAGAGCUGACACGUGCUCGGAUCGCACUUGAUGAGAGAGGACAGAGGCUAGGAGAGCUGGAAGAGAAGACUGCAGGCAUGAUGACCAGCGCAGAAGCAUUUUCCAAACAUGCACAUGAGUUAAUGCUGAAAUAUAAGGAUAAGAAAUGGUACCAAUUCUAA